AUGGCCGCCACAACUUCGACUCCCAGCACCUCUCAAUCGUCCAACAAGAACCAGAAGUUGGAGCUGGACACCGCCCAACACAAGUCCAACCAAGCCGCCACCUCAAAGCAAGUGGCAUCCCCAAAGCCAACCAAAGUCGUCAAGCCCACGCCGCUGCGUCGACGUGAAAAGGCGUCCCUCUUUCACAAGCCUCAGAAAAGAAGCCCACUUGUCGCCAUUGGAGCCGCCAAACUCAACGCUCUCGGCAACAAAGAGAUACUCUACGACCUUGUCAAGCCUUCUCCAGGCAUGCGUCCCCACAAGGACAUCUACACCGUCCCGUCUGCUCGUGGCUACAAGCGAAUAACCGUCACCAAAAUCAUGGCGGCGCCUAAGACUCUCAUCGCUCCGCGAGCGAUCGACAACUCCGCCUCAAAGGAGCUGCUGGAGCUGUUUGAGAAAGGCAGAGCAGAGAAGCAGAGACAAAAGGAGAUCGACGCGCUGUUCAACUAG